CUUGUAUAGGAACUAUGUGCUUUGCAAGCCGGGCUUUCAGGCGGGCUGACGGAUGGUAACCCUAACCACAAAUAACACUUGAUAGUCAGCAAACCGACGUGGAACUUCCUGAACACAACUUGCUCCUCUCCAUCCAUACACAAUGAGAUUCACUUCGUCGCUCCUUGCGGCGGCCCUGCUUCACCUUGUCUCCGCAUCCAACGUUCUCGACCUGAACCCUGGCAAUUUUGACGAGAUCAUUGGGCAAGGCAAGCCUGGGCUGGUCGAGUUUUUCGCGCCGUGGUGUGGUCACUGCAAAAACUUGGCCCCCAUAUACGAGGAACUAGCAGAUGCUUUCGUGCACGCAAAAGACCGAGUAGUUGUCGCCAAGGUGGAUGCGGACGGCGAGGGCAAAUCCCUGGGACAGAAGUUCGGCGUCACUGGUUAUCCUACCUUGAAGUGGUUCAAUGCCGAUGGAACACACGAGCCAUACGAGAGUGGACGUGAUUUGGACUCACUGGCGGCCUUUAUCUCCAAGAAGACUUCGAUCAAGUCGAAGGUCAAGCCUCCUCCAGAGCCUGAAUACUUGAUUCUGGACGCUUACAACUUUGACGACGUUGCACUCAACGCUGAGAAAGAUGUCCUUGUAGCUUUCACUGCGCCGUGGUGCGGUCACUGCAAAGCGAUGAAACCGGCAUACGAGAAAGUCGCUGCGGCUUUCAAGCCCGAGAGCAACUGCGUCGUGGCCAACGUCGACGGUGACGACCAAAAGAACAAAGAUCUCGCCACAAAAUACGGUGUCAGCGGCUUCCCCACUAUCAAAUUCUUCCCCAAAGGCUCUUCUGUGCCUGAAGCUUAUGACGGUGGCCGCUCUGAGGCAGACUUCGUGAAGUUCCUCAACGAGAAAUGUGGUACUGCGCGGGCUGUCGGGGGUGGGCUCACAGAUCAAGCUGGCCGGCUUCCUGCCUUUGAUGCUCUCGCUGCCAAGUUCUUCGCGGGUGCUGCUGACGUCAAGGCCUCCGUGUUUGACGAGGCUACUGCUCUUGCCGCAACGGCUGGCAUCGCAUCUAAGCAUUACCUGCGGGUCAUGGAGAAGAUCGUUAACGGAACGGAGGGCUACUUGGAGAAAGAGGUCAAGCGGCUAGAAUCGAUCCUGAAGAAGCGGAACCUCGCGCCAGCCAAGCUGGAUGAGAUCAAGAUCAAGUCCAACAUUCUGCAAGCAUUCAGUGCAAAGAGUGAGGAAGACUCUGAGAUAAAGCGAGACACCGCGGAGUUGUGAUAACACAGCUGUUAUGUAUUUCGGAUUAUUUCGUGUCUAUGAUACCUCGACGUACGAGACUGGGCGCAAAUGGCAUUAGACCGGCAAUCGCCGCCAGACGCCCCAAAAGCAUGAGGUGAGACAAUUUUGUUUGUGCGCCAACCGCCUCGUGUUCGGGAAGAAGUACUCGUGACGUUCCCUUGGAUUGUUCGAGCCGUGGCUCAAGGCCCGAAUGUGUAUCAGAUUCCUUCUAUCGCGAUCGAUGGUCCUCACCCCGCCACACAACGUCGUCGCUUAAAAGUAGGCGCUCGACCUCCUUGACGCCCAAUUCCUGUGCCCUGUGCCACCGUGUCUCCAUGUCCUCCAAAAUGUUUCUCUCCGACGAUCCCCACGGUCCUGUCAUACCCAAUCCUCUGCGCCAGAUUCGCAUGUGCCGUUGGCGCCAUUCGCGCCAGAAAUGGCACCGCUUAACGACUAAACACGCUUAUGGAGGGGAGAGCGAAGCUGCUCCUUCUGAUAUCGAGAUCGUGACCUGGAACGUCGACUUUAAUACGCCCAUGGCUGAGGUGCGGAUGAAUGCGGCGCUGGACCACCUGGAAAAAGAGGUCUUCCAGUGCCAGGAUGGAGAGGCUCCGAAUCCUUGCGUGAUUCUGUUACAAGAAGUCCAUGUCGUCCACGGCCUCAACGCGAUUCUGGGAAAUAGCUGGGUCCAAGAACACUUUUUGGUCACACCAACCGACACGAGUAAAUGGCCGCUUGAUGCGCAGUAUGGGAAUGUGACGUUGGUGGAAAAGUCGAUUCCGGUCGAGGACGCGCACAUCCUCGAGUUUGGAUCAUCCGACAUGGGACGCACAGGUGUGAUCGUGGACAUCAAGCUAAGCGCACCGGCAAAGGAACGCGAACCGAUCUUCCGCAUCAUUAAUACACAUCUGGAGUCGCUGGCAUCGGGGGAUGGCGUGCGUCCAGAGCAAAUGAAGUUGUUAUCCAAGUUUUUGAAAGUGAGUCACGCGUCGUGGCCCAUGAUUUGUGCUGACGUGACCUGAAGGGGCCGCAAAUUCGCGGGGGCAUCAUUUGUGGCGACAUGAAUCCAAUUGGCGCUGCAGAUGCAGGCUGCCCUGCGGCAUUGGGCUUGCGCGACGCAUGGCGCAAGGGUGAUCAAGACGAGGAGGGAUUCACCUGGGGUGAGCAGCCCGAACACGCCAUCUAUCCUCCAGCGCGCUUUGACAAGGUGUUAUAUCUUGGGCGGAAAGGAUACCGAGUCGAGGAGCCUGAAAGAAUUGGAGUCGGGCUGCAGGCUUUUCACGAGCGAUUGCCCCGAAAUAUCUUUGUGAGCGAUCACUGCGGACUUUUCACCAAGCUACAUGUCCUGCGGUGAACGGCAUUUUAGCCGGUUCUCGGUGGAGCUCUGGAGGUCGUCCACGACAACAGCCCUCGUGCUUCUUUUGUGAUGUGAUGGUUCUUUAUCUUUAGCUGUGUGCUGUGCUCUGUACUCCUGUAUUGUUGGUGUAUGUUUUCUUGUAUUCAAGGGGUUCCUGUAUAGAGCCUGUGGAAGGGCGAGUAGAGAGCCGUUCGUCUCAAAGAAGGAACGUAAGAAUAACCUUCUGUGGUUGUGAUGUCAAUCUUGACAGGCUGAAUAGGAGACUCUCGUGCGUUGAGCCGGCUGAUCCGAAUAUAUAAGCUGCCAGUGGAGAUUGGACAACAACUUUG